AUGGUGGGGCUCUCGGAGGGGGAGAAGCACUUCAUCCGCGGCGGCAUUGCGCAGGACCUCAGGGCCGACGGCCGCACGCGGCUGCAGUUCCGGGCCCUCACCGUCGAGACAGGAAUCAUCCCUCAGGCCAACGGCUCGGCGCGUGUUAGGAUGGGUGCGACCGAAGUCAUCGCCAGCGUCAAGGCUGAGUUGGGGAAACCAACCAUUCUUCAUCCCGACAAAGGAAAAGUUUCCAUUUAUGUUGAUUGUAGUCCAACUGCUGCGCCUAUGUUUGAGGGUAGAGGUUCGGAAGAAUUGUCUGCUGAGCUCUCUGUUGCGCUGCAAAGAUGUUUACUGGGUGGUAAAAGUGGGGCAGGGGCUGCAAUUGAUUUAUCGUCUCUGAUUGUUGUUGAGGGAAAAGCCUGCUGGGAUCUGUACAUUGAUGGACUUGUGGUCAGUUCUGAUGGUAAUUUGCUUGAUGCACUGGCGGCUGCGAUAAAGGUAGUAGCUUUGAGUGAUACAGGUAUACCAAAAGUUAAUGUUUCUCUUAAUAAUGAAACGGAUGGGGAGCCUGAGGUUGAUAUUAGUGAUGAAGAAUUUUUGCAAUUCGACACUUCUGGUGUGCCUGUUAUAAUUACAUUGACCAAGGUUGGUAAGCACUACAUUGUUGAUGCCACCUCGGAGGAGGAAUCGCAGAUGAGUUCUGCGGUUUCCGUUUCAGUCAACAGCCAUGGCCAGAUAUGUGGGUUAACCAAGAGGGGAGGCGCAGGGUUGGAUCCAAGCGUCAUUUUUGAUAUGAUAUCCGUGGCGAAGAAUGUAAGCCAACGGUUCUAUACUCUACUGGAAUCAGCAAUCGCAGCUGCUGAAGCAGUAGCGGACGAGUAG